AUGAUAAUGACGGAGGAGAAAUUGAGAAAGGUUGAUCCCAAAGAAUCCACAAUAAAAGAUAGUGAAAGCACAGCAAGUGAAACUAUUGAAAUUCCGGAUGGAGGAUACGGUUGGGUAAUUGCUUUAUGCUUCUUCUUAUAUAACUUUUGUACAUGGGGUGCAAAUUCUGGUUAUGCUAUUUACCUUGCCGAUUAUUUGUCUAACAAUGCAUUUCCUGGGGGAGGAAAACUAGACUAUGCUGCCGUUGGAGGUAUAGCUUUUGGGGGAGGUUUGUUAUUUGCACCUGUAAUUGUUCACUUCUCUAGGAUAUAUGGGGUUCAGAUUGUAAUUGGGAUUGGAAUUGUGUGUCAAACAGCCGCGCUUUUGUUAGCUGCAUUUUCCAAGAAGUUAUGGCAACUCUACCUUACCCAGGGGUUAUUGAUAUCUUUUGGAUUAGCAUCUAUUUGCAUACCAAGUUUCACGCUAGUCCCACAAUGGUUUAGAAAUAAAAGAACGUUGGCGUCUGGGAUUGGCACCAGCGGAAGUGGCCUCGGAGGUAUCAUAUUCAAUCUCGGCAUGCAGAGAAUAAUAGAAGUCAAAAGCGUCAAAUGGGCUCUAAUCGUUCAAUGUAUUAUAUGUUCUGUAUUGAGUUGUAUUGCAUUAGCCUUGACAAGGACAAGGACUAAAAUUAUUCAUGGAAAUGCUGCGAAAGCCAAAUCGUCAUUUAAAGAGUUGGCUGUGGAGCAUUUGGAAGUGUUUAAGAUUUUUGGGAUGUGGUUACUCUGUCUAUGGGUUGCUUUCACGAUGUUAGGAUACGUCAUCAUUUUAUACUCACUUUCUGCCUUCACGCAGAGUCUUGGCUAUAAUGCAAAAAAGGGCUCAUAUGUGUCCUGUAUGGUUAGUCUUGGUGGAUUAGUCGGUCGGCCAAUAAUUGGACAUAUUGCCGAUAAGUUUGGACCAAUAACUGUUGGUGCAAUAGUAAAUUUAAUUGUUGCCAUUCUUUGUUGGGCAAUGUGGAUCCCGUGUACAAAUUUUGGUGUUGCAAUUGCUUUCGGAUUACUUCAAGGUGCUCUAAUUGGUACGGUGUGGGUCAUUUUUGCUUCGGUUUCAGCUAGAGUUAUUGGUUUGAAAAGGCUUGAAAAAGCAUCUGGUGUACUUUGGGUGUUUAUUGCACUAUUUGCAAUUCCUGCUCCAGUGAUUGGAUUGCAACUUGAUACCGAUGUAAUUGGAUCAAAAACCAAUUACGUUCAUACUGCAAUAUUCACAGGGUUUGCUUAUUUCGGAGCAGCGCUCUUAUUGUAUUUGUUGAGAAUCUAUAUCAUCACUAGAGAUGAAAAAUCAAGGCAACAUUCUGAUGAUCACGACAAUUUUGAUCGAGAUGAAACCAGCUAUACUGUCGAUAUACGUUCUUUUGCCAAGAAUAUAUUCAGCGGAAACAUUGGUGGAAGAAAAGUUUGA